AUGGAUUCUAAUCCAUAUAGCCAAACCUCCAAGUUUGUUGAACUGGUUAACAGUCAACAAGAAACAGUAUUUGGUUUUUCUCAAGAUAGUGUCUCACUAUCUUCAUCACAAGUCCCGGUUUUUGCCUUUCAAGCGACUGAAGAGACUCCAGCAGAGCGUAGGGAAAGGCGGAUGUGGACGCCAGUCGAUGAUGUUGUUUUAAUCAGCUCGUGGUUGAACACAAGUAAAGACCCGGUUGUAGGGAACGAGCAAAGAUGCGGUACAUUCUGGAAAACGAUUGCAGCUUACUUUGCUGCAAGUCCUAAGGUCUCAGGCCAUGAAGGCAGAGAGCCAAGCCAUUGUAAGCAGCGCUGGCAGAAGAUCAACGACGUUGUGAACAAGUUUUGUGGGGCUUAUGAGGCCGCAAGCAGAGAGAAAAGCUCAGGACAAAAUGAGAAUGAUGUUCUGAAGUUAGCUCAUGAAAUCUUUUGA